CUUCUCUUCUCUUAAUCCUUCGUACUUGUUUCUUCUCCUUUACAACAAACAAAACCAAAAAAAAAAUGGAGCGAUUGAUAUGGUUGUUCCAAUUCCUUUUGUAUUUCAUGCAAUAUCAUCAGGUUUCUUGUUCAUCAUUUAUCUCUUCUUUUUCUACUUGUACACAUCAUUUGUGUCCACAUGACCAGAGGUUUGCAUUGUUGCAAUUCAAGCAUAUGUUUACUAUAAACAGCUCUGCUUCGUGGUGUGAGCAUUUGGAUUUGGCUUCUCCAAAGAUGUCAUCUUGGAACGAGAGUUGUACUGAUUGUUGUUCGUGGGAAGGAGUCACGUGUGAUGGUCUGACGGGUCACGUGAUUGGGCUUGACCUCAGUUGUAGCCAGCUCUAUGGUAGUAUCCAUCCUAACAGUAGCCUCUUCCAACUCUCUCACCUCCAAAACCUCAAUCUCGCCUUCAAUCACUUCAAUUACUCCCACAUUCCAUCAGCAUUUGGUGACUUUGCCAAUUUGAUACAUCUCAACCUGUCUGAUUCCAGUUUUUCAGGCUCAAUCCCAUCAGAAAUUCGCCACCUGUCCAAACUAGUUUCACUCGAUCUCUCCUAUGGUGAUCAACUAAGACUUGAACCGCACAAUUUCAGAAUGAUGCUCAAAAACCUAACCCAAUUGCAAGAACUUGUCCUUCUUGAUGUAAACAUAUCUUCAGUUGUACCGAUGUCUUUGACGAAUAUGUCUUCUUUGACAUAUCUCGAUCUUCAAUUCACCGGGUUGUAUGGGAAAUUACCGAAUAACAUUUUUCACCUUCCAAACCUGCAAAUUCUCUCUUUAGAAGGCAACUUUGAUCUCACUGGUAAUUUACCCAAAGUAAACUGGAGUAGUAGUAGUUCCCUCCGGCAGUUGUCUCUCGGGUUUUCGAGUUUUUCUGGAGAAUUACCUGAUUCAAUUGGCUAUCUCAAGUCUUUGACGUCCUUGGAUCUCGGUGGUUGCAAAUUCUCUGGGUCCAUUCCUGAUUCACUUGGGAACCUUACACAGAUCACUGAUAUGCAAUUAUGGGGAAAUAAUCUUGAUGGAAAAAUUCCUAAUUUUAUUGGUAAGCUGAUAAAGCUAGAGGGUUUAGCACUUGGAGGUAACAAUUUCAAUGGUCAGAUCCCAUUUACUCUCUCAAAUCUUAAUCAGCUCAUUUUCUUGGGUCUUUCUACAAAUAAUCUCCAUGGAAAAAUUCCUAAUUCUAUCGGUAAUCUCAUAAACCUAGAGUAUUUAGUACUUGGAGGAAACAAUUUCAAUGGUCCAUUUCCAUGUGGGGUAGCCAACCUGACAAAACUGGCUUAUUUAGAUAUAUCAAGUAAUGAACUGAUGGGUCCCAUUCCCUCCAACAUUAGUGGGCUACACAACCUACAAACACUUCACUUGCACAAUAAUAGACUAACUGGCCCCAUUCCACAAUCAAUUUCGAAUCUUUUGAAUUUGACCAACCUUGAUCUUUCGUCAAAUAAUUUAAGUGGUGUUGUGGAGCUACAAACAUUCUCAAAUCUAAAACAACUUGUUUUUCUUGAUCUUUCAUACAAUAGUCUGUCAGUGAGCACCAUCAACAAUAUCAACAAUACCUUGCCUAAUCUUAGGUCAUUCAGGAUGACUUCUUGCAAGAUAAAGGAAUUCCCUGAUUUCUUUAAAGCCUUAGAGAAUGUCCAAGAACUCGACAUUUCCAGCAACGAAAUUCAUGGGAAGAUUCCAAAAUGGGUUGGCAUCAUUGGGAAGGCUUCAUUGACUUACUUAAAUCUUUCCCACAACUUUCUAAUAGGUAUAAACCAAUUUCCCUGGAAGAAUCUUGACACUCUUGAUCUUCGUUCCAACUUGAUUCAAGGACAACUGCCAGUUCCACCACUUUCUGUAUCUUACUUCCUCUUAUCACAAAAUAAACUCACCGGAGAGAUCCCUUCUUCAAUUUGCAAUGCACGUUCUCUUUCCAUCCUUGAUUUGUCUCACAACAACUUGAGUGGUGCAAUUCCACAAUGUUUGGGAUACUUCAGCAACGUUCUAUUUGUAUUAGAUCUGCGUUUCAAUGCCUUUCAGGGGAACAUCCCCAUGAUAUUUGGAAAGGGUAAUCAGUUGGAAAUUCUUAAUUUGAAUGGAAAUCAGUUUGAAGGACCAGUUCCACGAUCCUUAACCAAUUGUAGAAAGGUACAAGUUCUUGACCUCGGAAACAACAAGAUAAAUGACACUUUUCCAUACUGGUUGGGGACACUUCCAGAGUUACGCGUUCUUGUCUUGCGAUCCAACAAAUUUCAUGGUCCAAUAGACAAUUCCAAGCCAAACCUCUAUUUCCCUAAACUCCGAAUUGUUGACCUCUCCCACAAUAAGUUCACUGGCCAUUUGCCAAGCAGAUAUUUCAAAAUUUUCAAAGCUAUGAGGAAUAAGACUAUGCCAAAUGAGAAAUAUCUGAGUGUUGGAUCGUAUUAUCAAGCUUCUAUUGCAGUGACAAUGAAGGGGUCAUAUAUUGAUUUAACGAGAAUUUUUACUCUCUUCACAGCAAUUGAUUUAUCAUCUAACAAAUUCAAUGGGGAUAUUCCAAAUGUCAUCCGAAGGCUUACUUCUCUCAUAGUGCUUAAUUUAUCUCAUAAUAGCCUCACGGGGCAUAUUCCAUCAUCUUUAGGAGACUUGACAGAGCUCGAAUCACUAGACCUCUCUUCAAACCAGCUUACUGGGAAAAUUCCUAACCAAUUAAUGAGUUUGACAUUUCUUGAGGUCUUUAACCUUUCAUGGAACCAUCUCAAUGGACCCAUACCCCGAGGCGAACAAUUAGAUACAUUUGGAAAUGAUUCAUAUGUUGGGAACUCUGGAUUAUGUGGGUUUCCAUUGUCAAAGGAAUGUAAAGAUAAUCAGGCACAAGUUCAGCCAGGGGUGCUAUUACAACAGGAAGAUGACUCAAAUUUUGUAAGUGGAUUUACUUGGGAAGCCGUGUUGAUGGGGUAUGGCUGUGGACUGGCAUUGGGAUUGGCUAUUGGAUUUCUCAUGUUCUUAACUGGAAAACCAAAAUUGUUUGUAAGAAUUGUUGAAGGGAAAAAGCAUAAAAAGGUGAAAAUGUUGAGACAAGGUGGCAGAAGAAAUUAGCAAACAUGGAUUAUGUUUUCAGGUUAAGACGGAAAACCAUUAUUGCUACUGUAACAUAUGAUAAUAUUGGAAUAUUGAAGUGGUGGUUGAGGUAGACAUGGACAAAGUUUGGGCUAAUAUUUGAUAAUAUUGCUGUAAAAGUAGAUUGAGUGAUUAUCAUAUGGUUACUAUUUGUGAUGUUGGCUUGAUUGUGCAUUAUGUUGUACUAUGUUCUAUGUUUGUG